AUGGGCGACGUGAACGAGCUUAUUAAGAAGACGCAGGAGACGCUCCAGCCGCUGAUUCCCAAGCCGAAGCUUGCGGAGAAGCUCCUCCUCAAGCCGCCGUUCCGCUUCAUCCAUGACAUCUUCACGGCGCUCAUCGCGGCCACGGGGUUUGCCAAGGGCCUCUACACCGAGUUCGAGCUCGACUCGGCCAACAUCAAGGAGAAACACCAAAAGCUGCAGUUCCUCGACAAGAUGAUUUAUUGCGCUGGUCAAUGCCAUGGCCGCGACAUUGACGUCCGGUCUGCCAAGAUCGUCGCCGGUCUCGAGGCCGAAAAUACCAACAUCUUCCUCGCCGACCUCGCAGCCGCUGCGUCCAACCCCGGUCUCGACUGGGGUGGCGCUGUACAAAAGACGCUGGUGGCGUACCCUGCGCUACCUGAAACACUUGCUGGUAGCACGGGCGGUGCAGCACCCGUGGCAGAAGCCAAACCCGAGGCUAAACGCGAAUCGACACCGCCGGCUAAAGAAGCGCCGAAAGACGAUGCUGCGUCGAAGGAAGCGGAUGAGAAGGCUAAGGCCGAAGAAAAAGCCAAGGCGGAGGAGAAAGCUCGGGAGCGUGCACGACGGGCCAAAGAAGAGAAAGCAAAGCAAGACCGCGAGAAAGAGGCCGAACCCAAGCCAUCGUCAGCGAGCAGCUCUAGCCGCCCUUCUAGCAACAGCAAGGCGACUCGCGAGGACAACAAUGGUGGUGGUGGUAGUAGCGAAUACGCCGCGCAGAUUGGUGAAUGCAACAGUGACGUCGAGCGCACAAAAGAUGUGAUUGAGAAGCUCAUUACAAAGCCCAAAAUGUCGGCCAAGCUCUUGGGCAAACCGCCGUUCCGAUUCCUCCAUGAUAUUGUCUCGGAAAUCGCGCGCGCGACAGGGUUUGCGGAUGGACUUUACGCGGGCGACGAGCUCGACUCGAACGCGAUCAAAGAGAAGCAGCCCAAGAUCGACUAUCUCCAAAAGAUUCUCAGCUGCGUUAGCGUACACCUCAACGUCGAGAUCGAGGCCAAGCCUGCAAAGAUCGUCGCGGGCCUCGAGCCCGAAGAAACCAACAAGUUUCUGCAGCUUUUGGCUGUCGCUGCCAAAGCCGGCAACGCAAGCGCCUCAGUGCAGCGCGUGCUGGCUGGCGACACGACAUUGCAGCCUUCACGCUCGGCCGAGUCCAAGUCCAAACGACCAUCAGUGGCAGCGCCACGCACCGACGACCAACCAGCUGCUGACGCCAAGAAGGAAGCGAAGGCGCAGCCAAAAGCAAAGGAGCCGGAGCCUGCAGCAGCAGGACCUGGGCCAAUGAAACCACUCACGGUCACAGGUCUCGAUGAUGACGCGGACCUCAAGACAAAGGCACCCGAUAACGAUGAGGACGAUGUCAAACCUGGUACUGCCAACCGCACGGCACGACCAACGACCGCGCGCCGGCGCCCGCCCAAGCUAAAGGAAAACGUCAAGGAGGUCGGUCGACUAGUGCGCGACGACAAGGCGACGCCGACGGUGGGCAUCAUGAAGGACGGCGACAACGCUGAGAGCGACGACGAGGGUGGCGAGGGUGACAACAGCAUUGGGCGAGGGCGUGAGAUAAGUGGCGACAACGACAGUCACGGCAAGCUUGUGCGCAACAUCCUGAAGGACCAAACCGCGGACGAAGAGGCGAACCGCAAGGCCAAAGACGACGAAGAUGUCAAGGACGUCGACGGUGGCAUCCGGCUCGGGAAACGGCGCAAGUCCUUCAAGGAGAAGACCAAGAGCGGAACGUCGACGGUCGCGGAGAUGAACGAGCUUCGGCUCGCGAUUCAGAAGAUCUGUCAGGCGACAAACCCCGUCGGCAAGUGCAUCGAGUACGUGUACGAAGACAUGGAAGCGAUGGCGCGGGAGCUCGAGAGUUGGAAAAAAGAGUACGAGCGCAAGUGCGUCGUGCUUGAGGAAGAGAAGAAGAAGUCGGAGGAUGCGCUGCAGCCGCUCAACCUGCAACUCGUCGAGGUGGACGAGCAGAUCAAGGAGCAGCUGCACAAGAUCAACACGCUCAAGGCUACGAUCGCCAAGAACGAAGACAAGGCGCUUAAGCUGCUGCGCAUGGUCGUGACGGCCUAA